AAGCCCCAUAACUAUUCAAAUUUAAGAAAGUCCAAAAUUCCGUGUUUCCAAUAGAGGACAUUGAGCAGAGAUUUUUGUCUCUGCUAUAUCCGAUUCUCUGCCACACUCCUAGACUCAUCAAUUCAACAAAUAUUAACGUCAAUCAAAUAAAUUCAACAUAAAGUCACAACCAUUCUAAAAACCACACCCACAAAAGCAAGUUCUAUUUUUUUUUUUUUUUCUUCUUUAUUUAAAGAAAAGGGAGUUUUGUAACGUCCACCGAAUUACCGAAAUCAGCCGAGAGCCGCGCACAAAGCUGUGUCUUCAAUCUUCAUAAAUUUCUGCAUGUAGUGCAUGGCCAUGUUCAACAUCUGGUAUGGCAGCAACAGCAACACAUUUUGCGAGACAAGUAGGCACAGCUGUAAAGGAGAAAAUUGGAAGGACAAAAAGAGCACAAGCACCAUGGUACACCUCUCUGAUGGCUGCUGCUUCUCGUGCACUUGUUGAAAGGUUACCAUUGGUGGAUCUCAUUGUUGAAGUCAGAGAUGCAAGGAUUCCUUUGUCUUCAGAAUGUGAGUUAUUAAGAAACAACCUAUGCUCCUCUAGGCAAAUUAUAGCACUGAACAAAGCGGAUCUUGCUGGUCGAUCUGGUUCGCAAGCAUGGACUGAUUAUUUUAGGAGAACAAAUUGCAUAUCAUGUGGAGUCGACGCUCAUAACAAGGAGAGCAUCAAAGAGCUUUUGGGCCUUAUACAGCGGCAAGUGAGAGAAUUGAGGGGAACUAGUCAUGCUAAUUAUACUGCAACAGUGAUGUUAAUUGGAAUUCCAAAUGUUGGAAAGUCAGCUCUUGCCAAUUCCUUGCAUCAAGUGGGGAGAAUUAGUGCAGCAGAAAAAGGAAAGUUGAGGCAUGCAACUGUGAGUCCAGAACCUGGGGAGACUAAAGACAUAAAAAGUUUUAAGAUUGGUAGUCAUCCCAAUAUUUUUGUCUUAGACACACCAUCUGUUUUAUCUCCUGAUGUUCCUGACGUUGAAGUACUAUCAAAACUAAUUUUAACAGGAACAAUCGGAGAUUGUUUGGUCAGUAGAAAAGAAAUUGCUGAAUAUUUUCUGGCUAUUCUCAACUCUAGUGAGGAAUACAAGAAAUGGGUAAAAUUAUCAAGUGAUAAUACUGUCGGAAUAUACCACGGCAUUCCAAAAGGGUGUUUGACUUUUUCUGAGUUUGAAGGAAAGAAGAAAAAGCAAAUUCCAACUGAUCACACGCAGGAUGACAUAGUGUGCCAUGUUCGGCGAACCCUUUUUGAAACAGUUUCAUCUUUUGAUGGAAACAUAAGCUAUGAAGAUGAAAUGGGAGCACUUAUUGCUAGGCAGUUUGCUGCAUUGCAAGAAGCCUUCCAUGUUUCAGCUGAAUGUGGAGAAGAUGCUCAUGUCAAGGUUGCUGGGAAGUUGCUUAAUCUUUUCCGCACGGGUCGACUUGGACAUUACGUUUUGGAUCAUCUUCCAUAAAAUUUCACUAAUCAUUGCAGUCAAUCCACUGCAUAAUAAUAAUAAUAAUAAUAAUCUCUUCACGCUUAGAUCAGUCUUAACUAAGGAAAAAAAAGCUAUUCAAUGUAAGACCCAGGCACUUGAAUUGGUUGGAUCUAUUUCAAUCACCCAUAAACUAAUUUGAUUAUGGAAGUAGAAACGCCAUAUUGGUAUAUCGUAACAUUGUCGUACAAGUCCUUGCUAUAAGUAAUUAAAUAAAUGUAUAAUGUUGCAAUGUGUCUCUUAUUUUA